AUUUCCGGUCCAGGGGGUUUGGCUCUCCGCGGCACGGGAUUUAGCGUUCGCGCUCCUUCCCUUCCCGUGGUCGAGCUGAGUCCUGACCUGAGGGCUGCAUCAGGAUCUUGUCAUUCCACAUCAUGGUUUCCUUUGAGGAUGUGGCUGUACCCUUCUCCCAGGAGGAGUGGGACUGUCUGAUCCCUGCUCAGAGGGGCCUCUACAAGGAUGUGAUGAUGGAGACCUAUGGAAACCUAGUCUCACUAGGACUUCAAGCUUCCAAACCUGAUGUCAUCUCGAGGCUGGAGCGGGGGGACGAACCAUGGACCCCUCACAUCCUGAGAACUCAGGGGAGCUGGAGGCACAAGAGAGAAGGCUAUGAUUCUAGGAUGGAAAAAGAGGGAUUCAUUCCAAAGCAGGACAUUUCUGAAGAAUUGGAAUCCCAGAGAGCAAAAUCAGAAGAUCACGUAAGGAAUGUUUUUAAGGAAACUGAAGAGAUGAGUAAAACUGAGGAAAAGUUAGGGAAUUGCUGGAGAAAAUAUGCAGUAGAAGGAGUUAAGAACUCCUUCUCCCAGAAGAGCAAUUUCAGAGCAAUUACUAUGAGGUAUGUGAAAACCCUCUCUAGAGAGAAUGGCCAGAAGUUCAAUGCUGUUGGAGCAAACUGUAUUACAGGCUCAAAUCCUGCCAAACAUCUUAGAGGGUCUAAAGAGGAGAGUCUCCAUCCAAGUGUGUCAAGUGUAGAAAACUUGCAAAAACAUGAGGACCUCAUUAACCUCCAGAGUUUCCAAUUAGGAGAAAGAGCCUGUCAGACAGAUGUGUUAGUGAAAGUACCCAGACAGAGUUCAGUUCUUAGUGAGAAUCAAAGGAUGAAUAAUCCAGAGAGACCGUUUCAGUGUACCGGGCAUGGAAAAACUUACAAUCAGAACAGAGCUUUUAACCAGCACCAGAGAAUUCAUAGUGGAGAGAAGCCCUGUGAGUGCAUUGAAUGUGGAAAAGCUUUCAGCUGGCCCACUAUCCUCAGUAAACAUCAGAGAAUCCACACUGGUAAGAAACCCUACACAUGUGAGGAUUGUGGCAAAUCUUUCAGUGCUCACUCAUACUUUAUUCAGCAUUGUAAAAUUCACACUAGAGAAAAACCCUAUGAGUGUAUUAAAUGUGGGAAAACUUUUAAUACACGUUCAUCUUAUGUUCAACAUCUAAAAAUUCAUACAGGAGAGAAACCUCAUGAGUGCAAUCAGUGUGGGAAAGCCUUUAGUCAUAGCUCUAAUCUAAUUCAUCAUCAGAGAAUUCAUAGUGGAGAGAAACCUUACAAGUGCAAAGAAUGCGGGAAAGCCUUCAACAGACAAUCACACCUUAUUCAGCAUCAGAGAAUUCAUUCUGGAGAGAAACCUUAUGACUGUAAGGAGUGUGGCAAAGCCUUCAGUACACAAUUAUCUCUCAUUCAGCAUCAGAGAAUUCAUACAGGAGAAAAGCCCUAUGAAUGUAAUGAAUGUGGAAAAUCCUUUAGCCUGAACCAAACUCUUACUGUCCAUCAGCGAAUUCACACUGGAGAGAAACCUUAUAGGUGUAAUGAAUGUGGGAAAUCCUUUAGUCAACGCUCACAAGUUAUUCAACAUAAGAGAAUUCACACUGGAGAGAAACCUUAUAUCUGCAAUGAGUGUGGAAAAUCAUUUGGUGCUCACCUCUCCCUUAUCCAGCAUCAGAGAAUUCACACUGGAGAGAAACCUUAUGGUUGUAGUGUGUGUGGGAAAACCUUUAGUCAAAAGGGACAUCUUAUUCAGCAUCAGCGAAUUCACACAGGAGAGAAACCCUAUGAAUGUAGUGAGUGUGGAAAAGCUUUCAGCCAGAGUUUUAAUCUUAUUCACCAUCAAAGAACGCACAAUGGCGAGAAGCCAUAUGAAUGUAAUGAAUGUGAUAAAGCCUUCAGUGUGCUUUCUUCCCUUGUUCAACAUCAGAGAAUACAUAAUGGAGAGAAACCCUAUGAGUGUCACACAUGUGGGAAGGCCUUUAGCCAGGGAUCACACCUUAUUCAGCAUCAGAGGAGUCACACUGGUGAGAAACCCUAUGAGUGUAAUGAGUGUGGGAAAACCUUUGGACAGAUAUCCACCCUAAUUAAACAUGAGAGAACACACAAUGGAGAGAAGCCCUAUGAGUGUAGUGACUGUGGGAAGGCCUUCAGCCAGAGUGCACAUCUUAUCCGCCAUCAAAGAAUUCACACUGGAGAGAAUCCCUAUGAGUGCAGUGACUGUGGGAAGGCCUUCAAUGUUCACUCCUCUCUCAUUCAGCAUCACAGAAUUCAUACUGGUGAGAAACCUUAUGAAUGCAGUGAGUGUGGCAAGGCAUUCAGUCAGCAUUCACAAUUUAUCCAACAUCAGAGAAUUCACACUGGAGAGAAACCCUACAUGUGCAAUGAGUGUGAGAAAUCCUUCAGUGCACGCUUAUCCCUUAUCCAACAUGAGAGAAUUCACACUGGAGAGAAACCCUAUGUGUGCACCAAAUGUGGAAAAUCCUUCCGACAAAGCUCUCACCUUAUUCGACAUCAGAGAAUUCACAGUGGGGAGUGACCUUAUACAUGUAAUCAAUGUGGAAAAACCUUCAGUCAGAGAAUAACUCUUAGUAGUCAUGAGAAAAUCCAUACAAUUCAUAUUAGAGAGGAAGCCUAAGAAUGUAGUAAGUGUGGGGAACUCUAGUGCAGUCAUCUUUCAUUCAACAUUGUACAGUUCACAGUGGAGAGUAACUGAUCAGUCUAUAAAUUCCUCACAGUUAUACAUUAUAUGAGAGUCAUACUGGUGAGAAAUGAGUCACUUUAUGGUUUUCCUUUUGGAGAUUCAGCUCUUAAGGGAUUUCACUCUCCCAGUGAGCUGCUAACUAAAGGCAGGCUGCUAAAGUGUAUAGCAACAAUCCCACAAUAGCACACCUUACUUCAGAUUUAGAGGAUGAGCCCCCUUCUUGAGCCCUGUAGAUAAGUGAAAAUUAUUUAGACGAAUUUCAUAGCACCAGACCUUAAGAUACAGUUAGGUAUUUCACUUGAGACCACUUGCUUUUCUUUUCUUUUCUUUUUUCGUAUCAUUUAUUUCAACUUCAAAGAAAGUGGUUGAGAUCCUUGCACUUCAAAGUGUGAUGGAACCAGGCUGGGGUUUUCUUUGUUUGGGCCUCUUCAAAACGUUUUUAUUCUGUUAUAAGGAAUAUGGUACCUUAAGCUCCAAUUCACAGGGAAGAGAAACAUGAUUAUAAGCAAAAGUUUGUUAAGGAAUAAGGUGACUCUUUGUGUAGAUUAAAAUAGUUGAGACCUUGCUAAAAAGUCAAAUAACACUGUACUCCACCUCCAGGUUUCCAAGAGUUAAGAUGCUGCCAGCAAGGAGCUUGCAGUCUUGUAGCUGGCCCAAUAUAUCCAACUAAUUCAAAAUGGGAAAUUGUACAUUUUACUUAAACAGGAUUUGGUAGAUGGGUCUUCUAGAUAUGUUGUCAUGAAGAAAAAUCAGGAAAAUGUCCAAGAGUGGGAGCCUGUGGCUUAUGGCUUCACUUACCCAUCACAGAUAGCUAUGUUCCACUGCAAGAACAGAGUUCAUGUCUUUUCCUGAGGUGGCUGGAAACCUUAAUCUCCUGAAAUUAAGUCAAAACUCAAUGUCAACUCACCCAGCUGUCUUGCCUGCAGGCUGAGCCAGGGACUUAGAGCUUGUUACCCAGUUACAACUUCUUCUAGAGAAGAACUUUUAGAAGGAAGGAAAAAGAAAUUCAGUUUCCCCCAAGGAUCUCUUCUUUGAGGUUCCAUCUAGAGAUGACAAAAGGGGGCUGGGUGCGGUGUCUCACGCUUGUAAUCCCAGCACAUUAGGAGGCAGAAGCGGGCAGAUCACGAGGUCAAGAGAUCAAGACCAUCCUGGCCAACAUGAUGAAACCCCGUUUCUACAAAAUGCAAAAAUUAGCUGGGCAUGGUGGCAGACACCUGCAGUCCCAGCUACUUGGGAGGCUAAGGAAGGAGAAUCACUUGAACCCAGGAGGUGGAGGUUGCAGUGAGCCAAGAUUGCACCACUGCACUCCAGCCUGGCCACAAAGCAAGACUCCAAAAAACAAAACGACAAAAGGGUUAGGAAGCUGUGGCAGUGUCUUUCUCUGAGGCCUGUGAUUACAGAACCAAAUCAGAAAAUAAUAACUUUUUUGUUUUAAACCUAUUUACCUACAAUGGAGGUGUUUACUUAACUAAGGACCUCAGUAUUUACUCAAAUCCAGUUUUGGGUUUUAUGGCUAAAACAUUUCUCCAGAUUAACCAUAUCAGUUUGGAAUAUGUUUUUAUUUUUUAUUAAAUAUUUCAUCCAAAUUAUACCGAAUUUUAUUUAUCAUGGCUUUUAAUGUUCUCUAUUCAAGUCAGAAAUUUCUGUUUCCUAAUUACUUGGCUUGGUGAUGGCAUUAAUAUUGGUUGGGAGCUAGAUGGUCUCUGCUCUAUUUGAUGAUUGGCAUACAGCAAUCAUAACACUUGGUACUUCCUAGCGUUGUUUUUUUUUUGGAGACAGUAUCAUGCUGUGUUGCCCAGAGUGGAGUGCAGUGGUGCAGUCAUAGCUCACUGUGACCUUGAACUCCUGGGCUCAAGCGAUUCCCCUGCCUCAACUUCAUGAGUAGCAGGGACUACAGGUGUGUACCACCACAUCAGCCUCUCCUGGCUUCUUAACCAAUUGCAUUAAAAUUGAGAGGAGAAAGGCAUUUUCAGUUUCUUUAGUUAAUAAAAAGAAGCCACUUCUGGAGGAGUUUUAUGCCUAUACCAGCAGAGGUUCAGCCUUCCAGGAAUCUCAUCAUGAUCCAUACUGCUGACACAGGCCUUUGUCACCUGAAGCAUUCUUAAGAAGACUGACAUUAAACAGGACAAUUGUGAACUCUGCUUAGUAAGCAUCAUACAUAUCUUACAACUCAUUCUGAAGACUCCUUUAUUCUUGCUUUUCCCAGAGAGCUACUGUGUUUACUCAUGCUCACUGUACUCACAAGAGAAAGAAUAAGUGGCAUAUUUGCAGGUGCUGAUGGUCACAAGAGCGUUUUACUUUUUCCUCCAUGUAUGUCUGUUCUGCAGUCUUUCCACUGAUGCAUGCUAUUGUAGACUUCUUAGGUUGACCUUGGCCUUGACCUCCACUACUAGCUCUUGGCCCAAAACUGAAGAUGUGCAUCAGAAAGGGACAGAUUUGGUCUUUCUGCUGUAAAAGAUAUUCUGCCUUAGUGCCUGCUAAUUUGUUGUGCAUAGUCCUGUGCAGCCAAUCUUCCCCACCAAUUGUUAAUUUGUUUCAUAAGUGUAUUCACAAACAUUAAAAUGUAAUUGGUGGAUUCCA